AUGGAUAAGGCAUUGGACGAGCCUGUUAUUUACUUCUUCGUCAUAAUUUUAGCUUUUAUUUCCAAUGUGGACAAUAACCUUCCAAAUGAAUGCGGUCCUUCUGAAGAGGUUGUGGAGAACAACGCAAAAGUGGGAAAGGAAACCACAAAUGAAGAAAAGCGUUUCAAUUGUGAUGUAUCAUUUAAAUGUCAAUCAGAGUUAACUAGCCAUAUGUGUAUCCAUACUGAUGAAAGGCCCUUCAAAUGUGGAGAAUGCAAACAAGCAUUCAAACAAAAAUCAACUUUGAUUAGACACGUCCGCGUGCACACAGGUGAAAGGCCAUACAGAUGUAAAGUAUAUGAAUCACUCAAAUGCAGUGUAUGCGGAAUGCGUUUUACAAAUAUGCUUGAUUGGGGUUUACACGAUGAGACAUGCAAUGCAAUGAUUUUGUUUAAUGUGGCGCCAACAUCUCAAUCCACGAGAAAUGACAUUCAGAAACGAAAAUGGCAGAAGCAAUAUGCUUCAAACACGACAUUUGGAUAUCCUCAAAUUGACACAUGA